UGCCCGGUGCCCGGUUCGCAGUUGCCGGUGCAGCUAUGGAGAAGCCUCGCCGCAUCACCGACUCCUUCCCACGCCGACGGCGACCGGGGCGGCCCCCGGGCAAGGUCAAGGGCAAGAUCAAGGCGAAAGGCAAGAUCAAGUUCACGGGCGAGGGCCGCCCCAAGCCCUGUCCCCCUCCACCCACCGACGACCCCCCGACAGCCCCGGACGCCCCCGACCAGACCCUGCUGGAGAUGCUGCGACACUUUGACCUCUCCUGGGAGUACGGACCCUGCACUGGUAUCACCCGUCUGCAGCGCUGGGAGCGGGCGCAGGCGCUGGGGUUGAACCCCCCCGGCCCGGUGCUCGAUGCCCUCCUGGAGCACCCUGACAACCCUGCUGUCAUCUACAGCACCGCCCAGGGCGGGCUGCUGGCUCCCCGGCCCGCUUCACUUCUCCGCUGCCGGAGUCCGUCCUGGUCGCGGUGCCGGUACCGGACGCAGUCCCGCGGCGCGGCCUAG